CUCCGCAGCCCAGUAGAGUGGUGUCACGGUCGUCUCACGCUCAUGUCGGCGGGGCUCGUCCGCCUCUGGCAGCGCCGCCUCUCCUCGGCACCAUCGAGCUCCGCGAGGAUCCUCUCUUCCGUGCUCUUGCGUUCUUUGCACUCCGCCGCCCCCGCUUCUUCUCUGAUCGAACAACACGAGCCGAUAAAGCCGAAGGGAAAAUGGCUCACCCUGCCCCCGUUUUCGCCACCCAUCGAUUGCGUUUCCGUCGGGAAAGAGCUAGCCGGCCGCCGCCCCGUGGCGGAAACCGAGCCCAUGUCGGCAUUGAAGUGGGUCCGCCGCUGUUGCCCCCACCUGCCCAUGUCUCUCGUCCAUAAGCUCUUCCGGCUGAGGCAGGUACGGAGGGAUCAAACAGCACAAGUGGUAUACAAUGGUAAUGCAACUCCUGCUGAACAGGGCCGACUGCGAAGGGUCUCGGUGAAAGAUGCUAUGAUGCCUGGAGAAGUAAUCUUUUUACCUGUAUCCGUGCAAAAUCUUACCACCGAGGGAAGUUAUAGGUCUAAGUAUAAUGAUGUUGAGAUCAGCUUCGUUCGCAGCCUCGAAUUGUACAAGGACGAAGCUAUUAUUGUGGUCAACAAACCUCCUGGUAUGCCGGUUCAGGGUGGCGUUGGCAUCAGAUAUAGUAUGGAUGCGCUCGCGGCAAAUUGCUUGAAAUAUGAGUGUUCUGAACCACCUCGACUGGUACACAGACUUGAUAGAGAUAGUAGUGGUGUUCUUGUGCUAGGUAGAACCCAAACUAGCGCAACCAUUCUGCAUUCUCUCUUCCGUGAGAAAACUUCUGGAGCACUAGCUGAUGACAUCAAUGUUACUCAAAGGCCACUGCAGAGAAAGUACUUGGCUCUUGUUAUUGGAACUCCAAGACACUCAAAAGGCUUAAUAUCUGCUCCAUUAGCAAAGAUUGUACUGGAAGAUGGGAAGUCAGAGAGAAUAAUCAUUGCAGAUGAUGGAAAGUCCGCAUCAUCACAGCAUGCCUUGACAGAGUAUAAAGUGAUCAGAUCAAGUCAUGACUACACAUGGCUAGAGCUUUUCCCGCUAACUGGAAGAAAGCAUCAGCUUCGGGUCCAUUGCGCUGAAGUUCUAGGAACACCCAUAGUUGGGGACCACAAGUAUGGUAGGCAUGCACACCGGAAGUGGGAACCCAUGCGGUUACCAGAGUCAAUUAUCAAGGGUGAAAAGAUCCCCAAAGAAAAGCUUCCAUUUGGCCUUGAAUUGGAUGGCGGAAGCAUCUCCGAGAAGUUACCUGGCUUGCAUCUCCAUUGUAAACAAAUGGUUUUGCCUAAUAUUUCAGUUGCUUUGCAGCAGCUGCAAUCAUCAACAGACCAUGAUUUCUCAAAAGUUGAGAAGCUUAAUUUGGUUGCUCCUUUGCCAUCUCAUAUGCAAAGAAGUUGGGAAAUCUUGAGCUCAUUGUUAUAAACCUUUAAUUUGAAUGUUUGAUUAUAUAUUUCCUGUUACUGGGAUGACACUUGUAUCUUUACUAUCAUUGGUUAAUUUUUAUAGAGUUUUGAGAUAUCUUGGUGAAAGGAACCAAGUGAAGUUGACUAUUAUUAUUACUUGC